CUAUUUAUCUUCUGUACAACACGGCUUGCGAUAGUGUAUAAAAUAUGGCGGAUUCAGCAGGAAAUUGGUGUCUCAUUGAGAGUGAUCCUGGCGUUUUUACGGAAUUGAUUAAAGAAUUCGGUGUCAAAGGUGCACAAGUGGAAGAGCUAUGGAGUUUGGAUGAUGAACAAUUUAAUGAGUUAAAGCCUAUUCACGGUUUAAUAUUUUUAUUCAAAUGGGUACAAGAUGACGAAUUGUCAGGGAAUAUUGUGCAAGACAGUAGACUGGAUAAAAUAUUCUUUGCAAAACAGGUAAUAAACAACGCCUGCGCGACACAAGCGAUACUGAGCGUUUUGUUGAAUUGUAAGCACGGAGACAUAUCUCUAGGGCCAAAUUUAGAAGAAUUUAAAAAUUUCUGCCAAAGCUUCGAUGCAAACAUGCGUGGACUUGCACUCAGUAAUUCCGACGUUAUAAGGGAGGUGCAUAAUUCCUUCUCCAGGCAAACUUUAUUUGAAUACGACUCGAAGCAGGCAUCUAAAGAUGACGAUGUGUUUCACUUUGUGAGUUACGUUCCAAUCGACGGUCGUCUGUACGAGCUAGACGGUUUGAAGGAUGGGCCAAUUGAUUUGGGCCCGUGUCCGGUAGGAGAGCAAUGGGUACAAGCUGCGAAACCUAUAAUUCAAAAGCGGAUAAAUAAGUAUAACGAAGGCGAGAUUCAUUUCAAUCUAAUGGCCAUAGUGACGGACAGAAAAACUUUGUAUGAAAGGCAGAAGGCCAAUGUUUGUGAUCCCGAAGAAUUAGAACGUUUGCAAGCGCUAAUCGAGGAAGAGAUCAGGAAGUCGAAGAGAUAUCAGAUAGAGAACAUCAGAAGAAAGCAUAAUUAUUUACCGCUUAUCAUGGAACUUUUGAAAAUUCUUGCAAAAGAAGGCAAGCUUGUGCCUUUGUAUCAAAAAGCAAAAGAGAAAACACUUGAGAAGGAGUCGAAGAAAAAUAAAGUUUAAACCGUAAACGAAAUCGGGAGAAAGAUUAAAAAUUUUAAUAAUUGGUUGUACAUUAUGUAACGGAGAGACAAAAACGGAGAAUUCAUUGUAUUAAUCUUUUUUUUUUAAAUAAAAAGCUAUUAAUAAUUA